AUGUUUCAUUCCCUAAACCAUCUGUCUGCUUUUGUUAUUCUCUUAUUUUAUUCAUCAAUUUGUAUCGAAGCUUUCGAUCUACUUCGUCGUCACCUCGCCAGCAUUUCUCAAACUCCAUUUCUACCAGGGGAUGAUCCUGGCGAGCCGCUCUUUCUGACACCUUAUUUAGAAACAGGUCAAAUCGAUCUAGCUCGUAACUUAAGCCAAGUACAUUUACAACCAGCUUAUUCUUCUCUAUCCUAUUCCGGCUAUUUAACUAUCAAUAAGACAUGUAAUAGUAGUCUAUUUUUUUGGUUCUUUCCUGCUCAAAAUGGUCAUGUUGAUUCGCCGUUGGUUGUUUGGUUACAAGGUGGACCUGGUGCAUCGUCUCUUUUUGGUCUUUUCUCCGAGCAUGGCCCAAUUCAAGUCGACGAAAAUGAGCAGCUUCAUCCAAGAAAUAUCACUUGGAAUUCUAAAUAUCAUCUUCUCUUUAUUGAUCAACCGGUUGGCACUGGCUUUAGUUUUACUGCCGCCGAUCAAUGCUAUGUGCAUACUGAAGAUGAAGUAGCACGUGAUCUUUACGCGAUGCUCAUCCAAUUCUUUCAAAUUUAUUACGAAUAUGCGUCGUGUCAUUUCUAUGCUACUGGCGAGUCCUAUGGUGGCAAAUAUGUACCAGCUAUUGUUUAUAAAAUUCACACAGAAAAUCCUCAAGCCAAAUUAAAAAUCAAUCUAAAAGGAAUGGCCAUCGGUAAUGGUUUGAUAGAUCCUUAUAAUCAAUGGGAUUAUGGACCAGCGAUGUAUCAAAUGGGUUUGAUUGAUCAACGACAACUAGAAUAUGUUAAUUUAUUGACAGCAUUAGUGCGUGAAGCCAUCCGACAAGGUCAAUAUCAACAAGCUUACUCUAUUUUUGGCGAUCUUUUCGAUAGUUUCUAUCCAAAUAAGACCGGUAUGAUUGAUGCUGACGAUUAUCUUCGUACCAAUUUUCCCGACGAUUACUUCUACUAUAUUCCUUGGGUGAUGGCAAGUGAGCACCGUCGUCAAAUUCAUGUAGGCAAUAUGACAUAUAAUGAUGGUGAAAAAGUACAGAUUGCUCUUCAAGAUGAUGCGAUGCAGUCAAUUGCAAGCAAAGUAGCGAUGAUAGCCAACAAUGACUAUAAAGUAUUGAUUUACAAUGGACUGCUUGAUGUCAUUAUUCCUUCUUCAGUGACGAUGAAUUGGAUUGAUAAACUCGAAUGGAACUAUGCCGAUCAGUUGCGUAGUGCCGAACGCAUUGUUUGGAAAGUGAAAGAAGACGAUCGAGAGGUAGCUGGUUAUCUGAAGCAAGCACAUUCUUUCUUUUUGGCUUGGGUUCGGAAUGCUGGUCACUCGGUUCCUAGUGAACAACCACGUGCAGCCUUUGAUCUCAUCGAUCGUUUCAUUUCUGCUACAUAA